AUGGUGCAGCCUAUUGCAAACACGCUUGUCGAGAGCCAAGCUUUAUAUCUUGACCCAGCAAUCAGGGAUUGGGUAUUAAUACCUAUCAUGAUUGUCAUGGUUCUAGUGGGGGUGCUUCGAGAUCAAGUCACAAUACUACUCGGUGCUAACACCUUCAAGAAACCCGGGCUGAAAGCAAUACGUGAGACAAAAGCACUGCAACGAGGAACAGUUCUCAGACUCUACGGGAACAAUAUUCCACCCCCGUCGUUUCAUGCUCGAAAGAUUUACCUGUCAAGUGCGUUCGAACGUGGGACUUUUCUCAAGAAUCCUGCCGCGGCAAAUCAACCUGUUAAUCCGAUGACUGAUCCACAGGGUAUGGAGAUGAUGAUGGAGGGAAUGAAGAAGAAUAUGGCGAUGAUUAUACCGCAAACUAUUAUUAUGGCAUGGGUGAAUUUCUUUUUCUCGGGAUUUGUGUUGAUCAAAUUACCGUUUCCAUUAACUUUACGCUUCAAAUCAAUGUUACAACGAGGUGUCGAGACACCAGAUAUGGAUGUGACUUGGGUUUCCUCGCUUUCAUGGUAUUUCCUAAACCUAUUCGGUUUACGAAGUAUCUUCACUUUAUUGCUAGGCGAAGACAAUGCCGCUGAUGGCAUGCGUGAUAUGCAAUCGAUGGCUGCAAUGGGUGGUGCAGCACCUGGGCAACCACAAGAUUUUCAUAAAUUGUUCUUGGCGGAACGUGAAAAUCUCGAAUUAACACCACACGAAUGGGAAUUGGAGGAUGUCGAGUAUCGACUUUUGGUAAAGUAUGGAAAACGAACCGAGGGUGAGUAUCAGCUGUAUAAAAAAAGCUUGAUUGAGGAUGUUGUCGCUGCUUCGGAGAAUGCUACGAGUCUGCAAGAGAAUAAGUUAAAGACACGAAGAAAGGGUGGUGGGAAACGAGAUUAG